GGAAAAAAAAAACACAAAAAAGACAAGCCGUAAAGAAGUCUACAUUCUGCUUCGGAGGAGUGUACAUUUCUUUUUUAACCCAGAUUAACAUCAAGUAGAGAUGGCAUACCAACUUUACCGAAAUACUACGCUUGGCAACAGCCUUCAGGAAAGUCUGGAUGAGCUAAUUCAGUCCCAGCAGAUCACUCCCCAGCUUGCUCUCCAGGUGCUUCUUCAGUUUGACAAAGCUAUAAACACAGCACUGGCGCAGAGGGUCAGGAACAGAGUCAACUUCCGGGGUUCCCUCAAUACCUAUCGAUUCUGUGACAAUGUGUGGACUUUUGUGUUGAAUGACGUUGAGUUCAGAGAGGUUACAGAUCUAGUCAAAGUCGAUAAAGUGAAGAUCGUAGCUUGUGAUGGAAAAAAUACUGGUUCCAAUACUACUGAAUGAAAUGAAGAUGUGAUUUGUGUGUAAAAAGAUUCUGUUUGAAGAAGAGCCCAGGCUCAUGAGGACACACUUACAGACAGGACUGUAUUUAUAAUUUAUUCCAGAGGUUUCUCUGUUGAGAUGCCCUGUGAGUAAUGGGACAGUGGGGAACAAUGGAAAUGCCAGUGCCAAGUGGGUCAGGCAGGGAUUGCAAGAUUUCAUUGCCUUUUCUAAUAAGAGAUUUCAAAUUCUUGGCUCAUCUUUUUUUGUUUUAGUUUCUCAGUGUUCUUUAUCAAUAAAAUUUCAUUAAUAAACUUUUAUUUAAAACCA